AUGUUUGCAACGCUAAAUUUUGUUGUCCUUCGUUCUCCUGUCCAACUAGCACUGAUUACGAUUUCGAUAAUUGCUCAGUGGUCAACACCAAUGAACAAAGACAACUUACUAAAAAAAUUACUACAACCACGUGAUGGAUCGCGAGUAAUCCUGCGUAAAUUUGCCAAAAACAUCUGUAUAUGUAUGCAUCUGAAUGGGACAGUCUAUACAGAGCGUAUAAUUAACCAGACACUAACCGAUAACUGUGAAUGGCACCUCAGAGCAUCAAGGCAUGGAAUAGGCUUUGAACGCCGACUAACUGAAGACGACAUCACCGACGAAUCUCAAAAACACUUCCUUUCUAAUCCAUUUACUAACGCAACAAUCUAUGAUGGAACGUCUCCAACGUUAAAUGUAAUUGAUGAGAAAUCCUAUACAUUAGCUUCCGGUUGGACUCACCAACUGUGGCAACCUGAAGCGACGUGGCAAGUUUAUGGAUUCCAGCCAAAAGGAUUACUAGCUGUUAUUGAAAAACAAAGAAACUCCUCAAGUUUCCAACGUUUCGUUUCAAUGCAUAAAGAAGGUUCCAAUCAGUCAGACGUAAAUAGCACCUCAACAAUAUCUCCAUCAUCCUCAAGUAAUACUGUGAAAAUAGGUUCACAAGAAAUGUUAGUUUUAGAAGCGCCUGCCUAUCACUUCAACACACUGCAUCACAAAGCAAAACUUAAGCACUGUAGCAUGCUGAAAAAUAAACUUGCAAAACUCGUACAAACGGAAUUGCUUAUGAGUUUACAAAUCCUAGAUAAAUAUAGACAAGCAUUUCGGGAUUUCAAACUUCUUAUUAACAAACAUCCAAUGACGAAUCAUAAGUAUAAUAUUAAUAAGGUAACAUCAAAUACUCUAGCGGAACUGCUAGAUCAGUGGUUGAUGCUUCUGGACUAUAAAUGGCGCCAGACAAUUAGAUUAACCUACAAAACAGAUUCAAUGUCCAAUUACCAAGUGGACAAUUGUUCGUUGAGUUUCAAAUCAUCGUUCGAGAUAAACACUGUUGGUAAUGAUAGUGAUGAUAGAAUACUAGUUAAAUUUUAUGAAACACAACUGAAAACAAAGAUAUAUUAUGAUCUAUUUGAAAUUGUACAGGAUAUAGUCCAGUGGACUGGCGAACAAAAACGGCAUUGGCUACAGAACCCACGGGUUAUGAAAUUAUUUCAUUAUUUACAUAUCAAAUGUCCAUCGCCAAAAAAGUUGAGGCAAGCCUCAUUCAUAUUAAGACAAUAUCUACCAAAUUACUCACCAGAAGUCAUUCAUUCCAAGAAUAAUUUUCAUUUUGGUCUCAUGGGUAACUUGGAGCCAGCAACAUUUAAAAAGCUCUUAGCACAUGACAUUAAAUUAGCUAAUAAACUAAUUGACCGGGCUGUUUAUAUGAAAUUUGAAGAGUAUUAUUUUUGGCCGAUAUUACGACAUGUAAAUACGAAAGCGAUCGUGGAACACUCGAUUUUCUUUGAAAAUGAUGUGCGCAAUGAAAUCAAACAAAUGCCUUCGAAUAGCAUGUGCUACAGGCUAUUUAUGAGGAGCUGGAAAUUUUAUAGAGAAAAUGAUUCACCUAGAUCAUGUUUAAAAUAAUACCACUUCCUAAAUUUACAAUUACAAUUAUGUCAAACUACUACAUAGUAGUAUAAAUCUCUUCACUAAAGUUAUAGAUUUUUAUUUGGUUGUUCACUGUUUUCGCAAGUAUCAUUUUCACAGUAUUUAACCCACUUAAUACAUUUCAAUCAGUUGUUGUUUCUUUAAUUUAAGAAUGAACUGUGAUGCAUUUAAAUUCAUGAUGAUUUUUAUUGUGUUUAAUAUUACUACUAUUACGACCACCAUUAGGACUAUUGAUAUAAUGUUGGACAAGGACGUUUACAACUGAUACUCUAUUAACAUAUACACACUAUCUUCGCAUUCAAUUUCAUUUAUACACAAGUACUAUUUCGUCAGUAAUGUUUGAGUUGAACACUAAUUAAAUGUAAAUGGUCAUUAAGUUUAAUUGUGAAUGACCGUGAUGAACAAGUCAACAUUACAAGAUUAUUCUAAAGUGAAAGAAAAUAACAUAUGUAUGUGCACAUUCUUUUGUAUAUAUUAUACAUACAUACAUACAUCUGCAAAUUAUCUAAAUACAUAUUUGUAAUGUUAGUAUUUAAAAUAUUCUCUUUUGCAAUUGUUCAAUGAAUACUUUAUAAUGCUAUAUUCAUAAUGAUAUUAUGAAUCUAAAAAGAAAUAGGAAUAUAAAUCGAAAUGGAUAUCGAAAAUUUCCCACCUGAUUGUUGUGUGUUUUUGUUCUAAUUGCCUUCAUUUUCUACCACAACUACUAUCCUUUGAUUAUGUUUGUAAUACGCAAUUAUACAUAAACACACACGUAUACUAAUACACACGCAGACAGAUACAAACGAAUAAGUACACUUACACUUAUUGUAUACACUUAUGAAUUACCAAUGUUCCUUUUUCUUAUUGUUAAUAAUAAGUGAGAACAAAAACAUUUGAUGGAUAAAAAAUUAUUGGACUUUUUGAUGAACACCAGAUUAUUGAACACUUAUUUAG